AUGGUCUCAGAACUCUGCCCCGUCUAUGCGCCCUUCUUCGGUGCGCUGGGUUGCGCCUCCGCUAUCAUCUUCACCUGCUUCGGAGCCGCCUAUGGUACUGCCAAGGCUGGUGUCGGUGUUUGUGGAAUGGCUGUCCUCAGACCUGACCUGAUUGUCAAGAACAUCGUCCCCAUUGUCAUGGCUGGUAUCAUUGGUAUCUACGGGUUGGUCGUAUCGGUCUUGAUUGCAAACGAUUUGGGUCAGAAGGUUUCAUUGUACACUGGAUUCAUUCAGCUCGGGGCUGGUCUCUCUGUCGGUCUGGCUGGUAUGGCAGCUGGGUUUGCCAUUGGUAUUGUCGGUGAUGCAGGUGUUCGUGGCACGGCUCAGCAGCCUAGACUCUAUGUCGGAAUGAUUUUGAUUCUCAUUUUCGCUGAAGUCUUAGGUCUGUACGGUCUGAUUGUCGCCCUUCUGAUGAACUCCCGCUCAAGAAUCGACGCCACCUGCUAA